AUGUCCAAAGACGAGCUUAGUAUUGAGCACGGUACGCUGUACCACCCAAAUACAUUGGAAAUGAGUCGGGUGCUACACAAAAUUUGUUUUGUCCCAGAAAUGAUCGUCACCCACUUUUAUCCGACCACACCCGACUUCAUUGUCCCUUUUGCUUCCUCAAAGUCGGAUCUAUUUGUAACCAUUAUGGCCGUAGGGAUCACAUCAACACGCAACGCGCCAAUGCUCAAUUUCUCAGGCUAUUAUCACAAACGAACAUCUUCCGUCGAUCUGUCUCAGUCCACUGCUUGGCUAGAGCACCUUCAACUUAAUUUAUGCACCGUCAAUAACACUCAUGCGAAUGGCAAAUCAUCAAAGGUGCAGUACCAAGUGCAAGCUACUUACACGCCGCCAUGCUGCCAAGACCCUGAACUCGUAUGGACUGUCAGUCGACCUUUUGACGACUUUCGUCGCUUCCGUAAACAGUUGAUGCGAGAUCUGCAGAAUGGUCAUGCGUGCCCCGCAGAGUGCAAAUGGCUCUAUACGGUAAUCAAGAAUCACUUUCCCAAGCCGAAUUUGCUGCCCAUCUACUCGUCACGUGUCGUGGAGACGCGACGACAAUCUCUCAUACGAUUAUUACGGACACUUCAAGCAUCACUAAUCAAUAGAGGCAACCAAGGCUGCAAAGUGCUGGUGCAGAGUGUCUGUCGCGCUUUUACAACGUUUAUGGUAGGCGACAACACUCAGCUGCCCGACAUGAUGAUGAGACUAUCCGACUGCAGCUCAGGCCAGAGCAGUCGUGCUUCAGCCACGUCAUUCACGUCAUCAGGAUGUAGUGACGAGGAAUGUUGCUCGAAGGAUGUUUCGCCAGCCCGUCGCUUUGAGAUGCAGAAGCGACAUGAUACCCAGGAACUGUUUAUUUAUCGAUAA